AUGGCGGGGAGGCGGCGGGCGCUGCCGCGGCUGCUGCUGCGCUGCCUCCUGCUGGGGCUGCUGGGCGGCGGCGGCGGGGGCCAGCCCGGCGGCGGCGAGUACUGCCACGGCUGGGUGGACGGGCAGGGGGGCUACCACGAGGGCUUCCAGUGCCCCGAGGGCUUCGACACGGCGGCCGCCACCAUCUGCUGCGGCUCCUGCGCUCUGCGCUACUGCUGCGCCGCCGCCGAGGCUCGCCUGGAGCAGGGCGGCUGCACCAACGACCGGGAACCCUCGGAGCCGGGAGUCACCGCUCAACCAAUCUACGUUCCAUUCCUCAUUGUUGGAUCAAUAUUUAUUGCCUUCAUUAUCGUGGGCUCGCUGGUGGCAAUUUACUGUUGCACGUGUUUAAGACCUAAACAACCCUCACAGCCAAUACGAUUUUCUCUGCGGAGCUAUCAGACCGAGACUCUUCCCAUGAUUUUGGCCUCCACAAGCUUCAGGACGCCAUCCAGGCAGUCCAGCACAGCGACAAGUUCCAGUUCAACCGGCAGCUCGGUUCGCAGGUUCUCCUUCCCCCGGGCAGAGCCAGGGUGCCUUGUGGCAUCCUCACCUCCACCAUACACGUCUGGCUGCUUCCAGACAGCCCAUACAGUCCACCUGACCCAGCCAUCAGGAUUUCUGGUGUCUCCACCAUACUUUGGGUAUCCUCUCCAACCAGAGCCUGCCCUGGCUGGGAAGAGCUGCUCUGAUUUUACUCAGAGCUGA